AUGUUUUUUUGUUCCUCUUCUCUAUUACGUGCGAAUCCAAUAAACACAAACCCUCCUAUACUGUUUUUUCUUUCCCAUUUAUGUAAUGCAUAUCCUUAUCCAAUACACAUCUUUUUUACCCUCCUUGGGCAUCUUUUCUUCUUGCCUCGAACUGCUACCCAUCUUCACCGCCUCCACGAUAGAUUCGAUCGCCUCUGCGAAUUGACGGGCUGCGAGAAAAUCGCCACUUUAGGUGACUGUUAUUACUGCGUAGCCGGUUGUCCUAAUCCAGUUUUGGACCAUGCUGAGAGAACCGUAGAAAUGGGGCGCGCUAUGUGCCAGGCCAUCCAACAAUUCGACCAAGACCACCAGGAAGAGGUAGGUUCGGAACGAGAGGAGAGGCAGAAAGUGUGUACAUCGUGA